AUGGAUACCGUUCAGCCUCAUUUGUGGGCGGUGGCCCACACUCUCGUUGCCCGCAACGAGACGAAUUCCACCUCCUCCUCGACCGCCGCUGCUGAACGACCACCCGCUUUUAAAGCUGUUGGUCUGUCCCUCGCCGUCGCAUCUGGCCUCUUCAUCGGUAUUUCUUUCGUCCUCAAAAAGGUCGGUCUCCUCAAAGCCAAUGCAAAAUACAAUGAGGAAGCCGGUGAAGGCUAUGGCUAUCUGAAAAAUGUAUAUUGGUGGGGUGGCAUGUCCUUGAUGAUUGUGGGCGAAAUCUGCAAUUUUGUCGCAUAUGCUUUUGUCGACGCCAUUCUGGUCACUCCUCUCGGUGCCUUGAGCGUUGUGGUCACCACCAUCUUGUCCGCCAUCUUCCUCAAAGAACGCCUGAGUUUUGUGGGUAAAGUGGGCUGUCUCAAUUGUAUCAUCGGGAGUAUUGUCAUCGUGCUCAACGCUCCCGAGCAAAGUGCCGUGGCAGACAUUCAACAGAUGCAGAAAUUCGUCAUUGCUCCCGGUUUUCUGAGUUAUGCAGGUGUAGUCAUCCUGGCCUGCACUUUCAUUGCGCUCUGGGCCGGUCCAAGAUAUGGUAAGAAGAGUAUGCUGGUCUAUCUGAGCAUUUGCAGCUUCAUUGGGGGCCUCAGCGUGGUUGCCACUCAGGGUUUGGGCAGCGCCGUGGUUGCACAGGCGGGCGGCAAGCCUCAGUUCAAUCAGUGGUUCCUCUAUGUUCUUUUGGUCUUUGUCGUCGCAACCCUCUUGACCGAGAUCGUUUACCUCAAUAAAGCCCUCAACCUUUUCAAUGCCGCCCUGGUCACUCCUACCUACUACGUCUUCUUCACCUCUGCCACCAUCAUCACAUCGGCCAUACUCUUCCGGGGCUUCAAGGGCACCGCCGUUACCAUCACCACUGUCAUCAUGGGUUUCCUGCAGAUCUGUACAGGCGUGAUUCUCUUGCAGAUGUCCAAAUCUGCAAAGGAUGUUCCAGAUGCCGCCGUCUUCAAAGGUGAUCUGGAUCAGGUGCGCGAAAUUGCCGAGGUGGAACAGCCAGAAACAGAACCGAAAGCAGAUGCCAUUCGAGGCACUGCCGCCUUGAUCAGAAGAUUUUCGGUGUCGCGACAAAAGAUGGAACAAGAAGAGGCCAGACGGUUACGAGAAGAUACCAUCAAGGACAACCUCGAACCAUUGCGUGAGAAUGAGAUUGUGGAAUGGGAUGGCCUUCGAAGGAGGAAGACCGUCAUCGGUGAACCUGGCACACCAAAUUCUCCAAUGGUGCGAAGAAGAACGGUCCAUCCACCCUUGGGCAUGUCGCAUUUCCCAAAUCCGGAUGACGAACACACAGAGGUAACUCCGGGUUUCUUCGAAAAUCUGCGUAAUCGUGCUCAAUCCGGACGACAUACACAUCAGCAUGAUGGAACUGAGGAGCGAGAGCAUUCCGCUUCAAGUCCCGUCUAUCCAGUCGCCUUGAGUGAGAUCAAAAUCCAUGCAUCCAACGCGGUCUCGCCCAUUGCCCCUUAUGGUCCCGGUAGCUUGGAAGACGCUCAAGAACGAAUUUAUGGCCUGGCACCUGGGGAACGCAGGGCUCAGGAUAGUCGGUUUGGAGGAUCAUUAUCUCAACCGUCACCCAGAUCCAAACCUCUUCCAGCCAGGCCUGCUCCUUCGCCAAACCUUAGACCACCGCAGCAAGAGGCUCGCAGACAAUUUUCCUUCACCAACUUCCUCCGGCCGGGUUCACGCACCCCAGAUGUUGAGAGCUCGGAACAAACAUCACGUCUUCGAAGUCGAACUAGCAGCUCAGGUCACGAAAAGAAAGCCAUGAAAAAUGCCACAGAAGAAGAGAGACUUGGACUGGUCAAGGGUGAUUCCCAUCUUGCCUUACUUCACCAUGAAUCUUCUCAUUCCCCCGAGCGCGCAUACCCACCUUCCUCCCCACCACGUGUGUCUGCACAUUCGCCCACAGCCUCCCUUGAAAGUGUUGAUGAUUAUUAUCAUUAUUCGCAACCCCUAGCCCAACAUUCUCGAUCACUAUCUGAUGAGGAUAACGAGUGGCAGAUGACGACCUCAUCCGAAAAGACGAUCCUCCCCACGAGUCAAGCUCGGAUUCCCUCCACGCCACCUACCGGGCUCAGGCAAAGUCCUCCGAGGACCAAUCAGCCAGUUCCGCAAGCCACUACGAACAUUUACAGCCCCAACAACGGCAGAACGAUCAAAGCCACACCUCAGAUCGUAGUUGGAGAAGGACCGACACCAGGGGUAGUCACAACAGCAGCAUUGGACCGUUUCCAGAGUUCGUCGACGAACCCAUAUCAGAAACCGAUCAACCAAGCCACUCGUGGCUUCCAUCAGACAGACAUCGAAGAUCGCCCAGCCCAAGUCCUCACGGAAAGAGGAAGGCCUGAGGCUGGCUAUGAUAAUGUACCUCUGACGAACACUCGGGAAGAAAGCAUUCAAGAAUACGAUAACAGUCGCAAGCGAUUUGAAGAACAAAGUAAAAGAGAAAGAGAGGAAAGGAGACUACGAGCCACUGGGCGCCGUCAGAGUUGGAAACCCUCGGACACAGACAGAUGA